CGCCGGUGCGGGCCGAGGCGGCUGCGGCGGCGGCGGAUAGCGGUCACGGCGUGGCCGGCCUUCUCCGCCUCCUCGCGCAGUUCCUGUGGCCGGCUCGAGCCAGCAGGCUUACUCCUCGCCAUGGACUCCCAGAAGGAAGCUCUACAAAGGAUCAUUUCAACUCUGGCAAAUAAAAAUGAUGAAAUUCAGAACUUUAUUGAUACACUAAAUCAAACAUUAAGAGGAGUUCAGGAAAAUUCUUCUAACAUACUUUCAGAGUUAGAUGAAGAAUUUGAUAGUUUGUACUCUAUAUUGGAUGAUGUAAAAGAAAGUAUGAUUAAUAGUAUCAAGCAAGAACAAGCUCGUAAAUCACACGAGUUACAGAAUCAGCUUAGUCAAUGUAAUAAUGCCCUGGAGAAUUCUGAAGAAUUGCUAGAAUUUGCGACAAGGUCCUUAGAUAUAAAGGAGCCUGAAGAUUUUUCAAAGGCUGCCAGACAGAUCAAGGAUAGAGUCACAAUGGCUUCAGCCUUUCGCCUUUCUUUGAAACCAAAGGUCAGUGACAGCAUGACUCACUUAAUGGUGGAUUUCUCUCAGGAAAGACAGAUGCUGCAAACUUUGAAGUUUUUGCCAGUCCCUAAAGCUCCAGAGAUAGACCCAGUGGAGUGUUUGGUGGCUGACAACUCUGUAACAGUAGCUUGGAGAAUGCCAGAAGAAGAUAAUAAGAUUGACCAUUUCAUACUGGAAUACAGAAAAACUAAUUUUGAUGGACUGCCACGUGUAAAGGAUGAGAGAUGUUGGGAGAUAAUUGAUAACAUUAAGGGUACUGAAUAUAUAUUAUCAGGCUUAAAAUUUGAUUCAAAAUAUAUGAAUUUCAGAGUGCGAGCUUGUAACAAGGCUGUGGCUGGAGAGUAUUCUGAUCCAGUGACCUUAGAGACCAAAGCACUGAAUUUCAGUUUGGAUAAUUCAUCAUCCCAUUUGAACCUGAAAGUUGAAGAUACCUUGGUAGAGUGGGAUCCUACUGGAGGAAAAGGUCAAGAAAGUAAAAUCAAAGGGAAAGAGAACAAGGGCAGUGUCCAUGUUACUUCACUGAAGAAACAUACAAGAAGUGGUACACCAUCCCCCAAACGGACAUCCGUAGGUUCCAGGCCACCAGCAGUAAGAGGCAGCAGAGACCGUUUCACUGGGGAAUCAUACACAGUGCUAGGAGACACUGCUAUUGAAAGUGGACAACAUUAUUGGGAGGUCAAGGCCCAGAAGGACUGUAAAUCCUAUAGUGUGGGAGUAGCAUACAAAACUUUGGGGAAAUUUGACCAAUUGGGAAAGACAAACACUAGUUGGUGUAUCCAUGUCAACAACUGGCUACAAAAUACUUUUGCAGCAAAACACAAUAAUAAAGUCAAAGCUUUGGAUGUUACUGUUCCAGAGAAAAUAGGUGUAUUUUGUGAUUUUGAUGGGGGUCAACUUUCUUUUUAUGAUGCAAAUUCAAAACAGCUGCUGUAUUCUUUUAAGACAAAGUUUACUCAGCCAGUACUGCCUGGUUUCAUGGUUUGGUGUGGUGGACUUUCUUUGAGUACUGGGAUGCAGGUUCCAAGUGCUGUGAGAACACUUCAGAAAAGUGAAAAUGGAAUGACUGGUUCAGCCAGCAGCCUGAACAAUGUUACUCAGUAACGCCUAUGCAGAAUGUUUACCCUCCCUCUUGACUGGGUGGCCUUUUCUGUGCAGUUACCUAUCACAGAAAUUUGUGAGUGGUGGAAAUCAGGUUUGCUAUGUUCUGCUUUAAGGCCUGGAAUCUCUUAGCUUAAGCAUCUAGUAUGAAGCAUUUACAGGAAUCUACUGUGCAAUAUCAUAGAAGCAAGCAGUUCUGGAGCAAGAAACUGAUGUUUUGAAGAGUAAAUAGGAAAGAAGGCAGUGUUUAAAUAUUUAUAUAGAAACUCGUUUUUGUGUUUCUUUAAUUACUUUUGUUCUUUUAAAAUGUUUAAUUACAUUUGGUAAUCCUAGGGCCUGAAGUGAAAGGCUUUAAAAAUUUGCUUUUCUUUCUUGACUUUCUUUUUUCCUAUCUCAUCACUACCUGUUAUUUAGUAUACACUAAAUCUUUAAAAUUACAUAGCCCCAGCCCCACCAAGGUUUUCUAAAAAUUGAAAUCAUUGAUUGGGGACAGUAGAAGUUUGUUUUUUUUUUUUUUUCUUACAAUGGUGUAUUUCCCCCUUUUAUAAAUAAGUUGAGUUUUGCUAAAUUAACCUAUUUACUGACUAGUUUUUAUCUCAUCUUCUACUUUCCAGAAUAUAUUGGUAUUUCUCUUGUAGUUAUAACUCCAAAUACAGAGUGAAUAUGAAGAAUUUAAAAAGCUUAAAAUCACCCAGAUUUCAGUUUUGUAUCUGCUAUAGUAACACAAUGGCAAAGGGUUUGCUCUGACUACUUUGCAUUCCAUCACUUUGAAUGUUCAGCAAGAUUUUUAAAAGCCUUAUGUUUUCUGGUAUUGUUGUCUACUUUAACCCUACCUUUAGUAGUUAUCUUUGAUAAAAUUCCCCACUCAUAUUUGGCACUGAUUGUAAUUAUACUCAUUUUUUUAAAAAAAUUAAUAGGAAUGAAAAAAUUUUUAACAUGGUUAAGGGUAGAAUACCAAAGGGAUGUACCUAAAAGUAUUCUUUAGUAAUUAUUUAUUCUUUUUAAUAAGAUGUAGGAAAGGUUGAAACAACUGGAAAAAAAUCUACAUAUCUCUGACUUAAUUGGUGUGUUUUUCAACCAACCAUUCAGAGGUUUUGGGGGUUUUUACCCCCUUAUCCUUUUUGCUAAAGUCAUAUGCUUUUUAAAGGGGUAUAAUUCUUCUAAAAAUCAACAUAGUCAUGUUUCCCAGCCUUGGGAGUGGUAUAUUUAAAUUUAAACAAUGAGUGGUAUUGAACAGAACAAAUCUAUUCUUAAAAAAUUGAUCAAAGUUUGUUACUCAAGUCCUUUGAGCUAAACUAAAAGUUAUAAUUACAGUAUUUAAGAUUUCCUUGAGCAUUUUAAAGAAAUUAAAAUUUAUAUUUUACUUAGUUUUUAAUUUCUUUUAUUCUUUCAUUCUCAUUUUAAAUAUCUUGUAAUAUGACAGCCUUCUUCUGUACCUUUGUUGCUUACAUUUGAGUUGUUUUCUAUAAAAAGACCUGCCCUCUUAAAAUUUACUGCUUACGAUAUGAUGUUUUGUUUCAUUGAUAAAAACAGAUGUAAAUGAGGACUUAUAUUUGACCUGGGGUAUUAUUUUCUUUUCUAGAGGACAGAUAUCCACACUAUUAUCUAAUAAUAGGUUGGUAAUUUUAAAGACUGUAAGGCAGUUAAGGGAAUAAAGUAUGUCAAUAGAUAGUCUUGAGUCUCCAAGUAUAAUUUUGGUUUUUGUUUGUUGUAUUUGGAAAGAAAUUUUUGGAAAGUUCUAUUCCCUAUAGAAGGGCUAUUCUAAGACCCAAGGAAACAGGAAUUUAUUUCCUUUCACACUCCAAAGCAGUAAUUUAGUGGAGUGGCUUUGUGUGAAAAGCUGUACACAGUAUAUUUUAGCAAAUACAAAACAAAAAAACCCAGAUGUUCUUGUAUAGAAUUUUUUUUACUAUUAUGUAUUAUAUAAUUGUCUUCUCAUUAAUUCAGUGCCUUUUUCCUCUAAGCAUGCUCUUUCUUCAUGCCUCAUGCAGUGUCAACUGAUAUUUAAGCCAGACAUAUUACAGUUGUGAGAGCCUUCUGUUGCAAGGGCAUGGGAAAAAUGAAAUAUUAAUUGGGCUGAAAGAGUGCAUACAAUUCUUUUUUGUGUUCUGCCAUCAUUUGGAAUUUGCAUAUAAAUUUUCUAACACUCAUUUGCAAAAUGUUCUAAUUUCAUUGGGAAUUAAUUACUAGCAGCUUUGUAGUAAUAAAUUCAGUAAAUCUGGAGUCCAAGCUCACAUCACAUGUAAUACUUGAUAUUAAAUUAUACCAUCAUUACAUCAAAAUUAGAAUCUGAAGGCUCCCUCUCUGCUGCUGCUUCAGGGUCUCUAAAUUAAGAGCAAAAUGUGAAGUGUUUUAGUUUAACAAUUUUAAGUUGGAUGAAAAAGUCUGUCAUCCUCAUUUUUAAACUAAAAAAUAAUUGAAUAUAGUGCCUAUUUAAAUAAUCUCAAAUAAGGUAACUAUUAACUUGAUAAUAUUUAACAUUUUCAUUGAUGUUUUGAGUUAUAAUGAGCUCUCUUGCUCAAUUCAUUAUGGAAAGUUGCUAAACACUUUUAAAUAUCCUUUAUUGCUUUAUUUACCUUUUGUUUUGACAGGUCAAACAUGACUGCUUUCUAUAAAAGAAAUGCAUGAGAAGUUGACUAUCGUAGGUGCAAAAAUUAUGUUUUAUAAAAAUAUGCAUUAGUAUUGCAUUUCCCUCUUACCAGUUGAAUUCCAAGCCAGUUGUAUUAAACUGGAUAUAGAAAUGAAGGAGCUGCCUUAAGCACUUUAGAAAAGGAAAUUUUCUACAAUUCAUUUUGACACUUGCAGCUUACCAUGUCACAUACAUCUUUAACUUUGGUAAAUAUGUAUAUACCAAGCAUUUAAUAAUAAUGCACAUAGAAAUUUAAUAUACAGUAAUUAUUUGAAUGUUCCAGGUAUAGGUGAAUAAAUUUACAGUAUUAGGGGCAUAUCUUGUCUGUACAUGGGUUUAAUUAUUGGCAUCUGUACCAUUUGACAAACCAUUAACUACUGCUAUACAGCUUACCUUGUUCUGCAAAUAGUAACCAUUCCCUGUGUUAUAUAAAGUGACAUAUUAACUUGCAUUUAUUUUCUCAUUUAUGAAAUUAAAGCAUGAAUAAUAUCAUGUAUAAUUUGAACUGUGAUCCUUGGUGGUAUAAAUAAUAAAAGUAAAUAUUUGUGAUAAAAUCUUUUAAUUAGGCUAAGAUAUUGUUUCAUGACUUACUUAGAAUAAUUAGGUUUUUUUAUGUUUCCAUAAAAUUUUUGUUAUUUGUAUAUUAUUAUUUCUUUUAAAAACAAUUUUGGAAAAGGAUAUAUGUUAAAAAUGAUUAUUCCUCAAAGAGUUUUAAAAGAAAGUAUAACAUCUUAUUAUGAAAUAUGUGAUUCUGGGGUUUAAAAAUUUGGCAAUUUUCAAAUCAUCAUAAUUUCUUAAAGAAUGUAUUUAUUAGAUCUGUGUUCAUUGAUAGGCUAAUUCAUAAAACAAAUAUUUGAGUGUCUGUGAUAUGGCAGUGAAAAUUUUAUUACUUUGCAUUCACAUUUUCAAAACUAGUGUAUUCAAUUUAUUGUGCAGCUAGUUUUGCUUCUUUUUAGUAUGCUGAGACUGCAUUUUAAAAAUAAUGUUUUGUUAAAAAGUCAGAAGUGUUAAAAAGUAAAUUUGUUAGCUUUUAAAAAGCUCAAAUUAACUGCGUAUAAUAUGGUUCACUUUUAUGUAAUCACAUAACAUAGGUUCAGCAAAGCUUAUUUCUUGAGUUUAUUUUUACUAGAUAUAGUCUUUCAGAGAAGUGUAUGGUCACUCUGUAUACAGGUAACCAUAAAAUUAUUUGUUAUUUUUAACCAAAACGUACAUUUCAUAAUGCCAGCACUGGAGUAUUAUAAAGAUCAUGUUUUCUUAGCCAUCAUAGCAAGAUUACCUCAUGUUCAUAGUAGUUUUAGUGGUUUUUUUUUUUACAGUAUUUACAUUUCUGCAAUUAUGUGUGAUUUUUAAUGUCACAUAUGAUAGCACUGUUACCUGGAAUAUAUGAUUAACCUACAUAAACAUUUUUAAUUGGUUUUGGACAUGUCAUAUAAAGGUUAGUACUGGCUUAAUAAACAGAUACCAGAAAUUGCCACCGUACUUUUCUCCUUGGACUACCCAAUUAUUAAGCUAAAAGUAUUUGUUAUUUUGGGGUCAGUAUAGGGUACUGACUUUUGAUUCAUAAUCUUUUAAGUUAUAUUUGUUUAAGGUGAUGUGUUUUCUUAAUAAUACCCAGUCAAUAUAUGUUAGUCCUUAGGAAUGGAUGUAUAGAGGAUUUCACAGUAAUGUAGGGCAGAAGGUAGGUGAACGUGUUUGCUUUGGCUUGGCACUUAUUAAGUUUGGACUAAUUUAAAAUAAGUCAAAUUGUAAGUGAUUGGCAAAAGCCAUUUUAUUAAUAUUGGAACUUUUUGGAGAGCACAGAACAAUGAGAAUCCAUCUUUUAAAAACAUAUAUAAAACAUUUCUGAUAUCUCUAAGGUACCAAAGCACUGAGUCUAAUUCACCUAAUCUAAGGGAGACUCUUUAAAAUCAAAUUUAUAACUAAUUCAUACUAUAAGAUACAUAAUAGCUAAAGUUUUAGAGUAAUAUAAUUUAUAUUAAAAACCACUAGUCUUUAAAAUACCUAUAUGUGAUAUUAAGAUGAUUUUGGCAUCUUUUUCAAAAGUAUUCAAAAUUUAUCACCUUAGCUUUAUCAUAUACUAGGUCUGUGACAAUUGUGUAAAUCACUCAUCACCUUUGGGCCUCUGUUGCCUUACUUAACUCAUUAUGUCUCAAUUUCCCAAAUAUAAGACACCUAUAAAAACCUAUAAAAUUGCUCAAUUUAAGUUUUUAUAGGUGUCCUAUACAUAGGAGGAGACAGUGGGUUAAAAUAAUUGUAACUUGUUCAGCCUACCUCACAGGGCUGUUGUGAGGAAUAAAUGGAUGGAGUAUGUGAAAUUGCUUCAACAACAGCAAAGUGCUAUGUAAAUGUAAGCUGUUAUUUUUAGUUAAUGGAUUUAAGUGUUCGGAUACUUCUAAAUGCCAUUUACUUUGAUAAAGCAUGUUCUUAAAGUGGUAUCAUCAUUGAUUUUAAAUGUGAUUUUUAAAAUAAAACCUUUUAUCAAGAUGUCAUAUAAUAUUAA